CCCAGGGAGGGGCAAGCCUCCCCACCUCCCCUGAAACCCAUUGCUCACAGCUAGCGAGUCAGCCAACCCACAGCUCCGAUCCACUUCGCCUCGCCUCUCUGCAGCCAUGUCGUCCAAGUACCCUGUUGGCCCCACAGAAACGGAACGCUGCAUCGAGUCGCUGCUGGCCGUGUUCCAGCGCUACGCCGGCCGUGAUGGGAACGCUUGCUCCCUUUCCAAAAAAGAGUUUCUGACCUUCAUGAACACAGAGUUGGCAUCAUUCUCAAAGAACCAAAAGGACCCAGGUGUCAUGGACCGCAUGAUGAAGAAACUCGACAUGAACAAUGAUGGCUGCCUGGACUUCAGCGAAUUCCUGAACCUCAUCGGCGGCCUGGCACAGGCCUGCCACGCCCAAGUGAUGUCAUCCCCGACCAGUGGUGGCUCCCAUAAACCCUGAUCCGCUCCCUCCCUCUCCGACCCAUUACCAGCAUAAGCCCAAACAUUCCAGAAGAACCACCUGUGUGUGACCAAAAGCAGACGCCGCAGUACAAGCGGCACCAUUUACGUUUUUAUCAAUAAAAUCCAUCCAAAAAGAA